CCGUUGGAACUGACGUCAUGCUGCUAUCUUAAUAUUCAUGAGCCAAUCCUUCGACAUAGCAGGAUUCGUAAAGCCUUUCCUCCAGUAGAGACGGCAGGAAGCUCCAGCGCAGUUCAACUGUGACCGCACCGCAGCUUAAUGAUGUGCUCUGUGAAUGUCUAGCCGGUAUCAGUAACAUGACCCGAGAAACUUGUUAUAGGUUUCCUCGCUCUUCUCGGGAGAAUUCAGUUCUCGGGAGGGAUUUAAAUGGACUCUAACGGGCAGCUGAACUUCAAUUUAUCGUUUCCUUCCUCCGCCCGGUGUCAAACGAAUGGCAAACGUGAAAGUCGCGAUUCGCGUCCGUCCGCUGAACUCCAGAGAGAGUCUGGAUGGAGGGCGAUUUGCUGUCCAAUUGGAAGACAAAGUGGUGAGAGUACGAAAUGUGAAGUUGGAAGGGCGUUUGGACGGGCGAUCGGAGGGUCUGGCUGACUCUAGGGAGAAGUUUAUGGAGUUUGGGUUUGAUUUCUGUUACUGGUCCGUGGAUCCAGCGGCUCCCAACUAUGCAUCACAAGAGGAGGUGUUUCAGGACCUGGGUGUGUGUGUCCUGUCUGGAGCUUCGGAGGGGUAUAACGUGUGUCUAUUUGCAUAUGGACAGACGGGCUCAGGGAAAACAUACACCAUGAUGGGAACUCCAGACUCCGUUGGACUGACACCAAGGAUCUGUCAAGGUCUUUUUAGGUCUGGAGAUGAAUCUGCAGAUGGACAGAGCUGUAGAGUUGAAAUAAGUUUUUUAGAGAUCUAUAAUGAGCGUGUGCGUGAUCUGCUGAGAGGUGCGGAGCAGAAGAAGCCAGCACCCCUGAGGGUUCGAGAACACCCAGAGAAGGGGCCCUAUGUGCAGGGUCUUUCUCAGCAUAUAGUGACUGACCACAAACAAGCAGUGGAUCUGCUUGAGGAAGGCAUUGCUAACCGCAUCACAGCCGCUACACACGUCCAUGACGCUAGCAGUCGAUCCCAUGCCAUCUUUACCAUUCAAUACACACAGGCUAUUCUAGAAAAUAACCUUCCUUCAGAAAUAGUGAGCAAGAUCAACUUGGUGGACCUGGCUGGCAGUGAACGAGCUGACCCUCAAUACAGCAGAGACAGAAUAACAGAAGGCGCCAACAUCAACAAAUCUCUUGUCACCCUUGGCAUCGUCAUCUCCGCUCUUGCCCAAAACUCUCAGAUGUUCAGCAGCAGUCAGAGCAUUAACAGUGUGCUCAGUGAGGGUGAAGGGAGCACUGUGGGGAGCCAGUCCAGCUCUCUGUCGAGCAGCGGGCGCAGACAGUGCUUCAUUCCCUACAGGGACUCUGUCCUCACCUGGCUACUCAAAGACAGUCUGGGCGGCAACUCCAAAACCAUCAUGAUUGCAACUGUCUCACCAUCCAGCAGCAGCUACAAUGAGACUCUGAGCACCCUCCGCUAUGCGGCUCACGCCAGGAACAUCGUCAACAAGCCAAGAGUCAAUGAGGACGCCAAUGUGAGGUUGAUCAGAGAACUGCGAGAGGAAAUUGAUCGUCUGAAAAGCAUGCUGCUGAGUUUUAAAAUGCAGAGGAACCCCAGUCCAUCGCUCAGUGAUGAGAGAGAAGGCAGCUUGUCUGAAAUAGUCCUACAGAAUGAACUGAAGGUGGAGCAGCUGACUAAAGACUGGUCUGAGAGUUGGUGUGACAAGCGAGGCCUGUUGGAGCGCUACAGUGUGGACAUUAACCAGGACCGAGCAGGAGUUCUCAUUCACUCGCUCUUGCCCCACCUCAUCGCUCUAGAGCCAGACGUCCUCAGCACAGGGGUCACCUUCUACCACCUUCAGGAAGGGGUGACAAGAAUCGGACCUCAGGAUGACAAUCUGAAAGAGCCUCACAUAGUCUUGCCAGAAGGUUCCACCUGUGAGAUUGAGAAUAAGAACGGGGUGGUGACUCUGAAGCCAGUCUCGGGGAACAUCUGCAUGGUCAAUGAAAGAGAGAUCAAGGAGCCUUGCAGACUUGCACAAGGUGCAGUGAUUACCUUAGCAGGACUCCAUAAGUUCAGGUUCAACCACCCUGCAGAGGCAGCUGUUCUGAGGGAGAGAAGACGGAUCAGUGAUGGAGGUCUGGUCUACAACUCUGCAGAGCUCAACUCACCCGGUUCCGACAUCAGGGUUGCAGAAGCAGAUUGUCAUGAGAACGACAAUGGGACAGCUCCCAGACAGCGACUAGAGGAGAAGCAGUGGUACAUAGAGUGUCUACGAGAGGAGAUUCAGAUGGAGCAGAAAAGAGCGGAGAGAGAUCUGGAAAGAGAGCAGGCACGUCUCCGACAGCAGCACACUGAAACCAAGCAGUGGAUCUUGCAAGAAAAGCAACGGUUUGAAGCCCACAGGGAAAAGGGAACAUUGGAGUCAGGGGUUCAGACAGAUCUCAUUCUUCAUAGUGGUUUAUCAAGUCAGAUGACUGAGGAAGAAGGCAGUGCUGAAAGAGUCCCACCAUCAGCUUUAAUGGGUGACUGGAAAAUUGUAGUGCAGGAGGAACUGCUGAAGCACCAUGCAUUGCGCAGAGCUGAGAAUCACGUGCGCGAUAAAAGGUUACAUUACCAACUGGAGAAGAUUGCACGAAAGCGCCAUCUGUUGGAGGUGAAGCGAGAGUUGCAGAGGCUAGAAAAUGAGCUUCUACAGAGGGGUGAUGAAACCUCAUCUCCAGACAUGGGCUACCUCUCAAAGUCCAGGGAACGUCCCAUGACUUUAAGAAGGCAUUCAUUUUCUGCUGAUCUGCUGUCCCGACUGUACCCCCAGCACACUCCUAUUUCCAGCCAGUUCCUCAAAAGGAAUAUAUCUUCUGAGUUUACAACAUCUCUAGCUUGCUUUGCUCGUGCCACUAAAUGGGAAUCUGAUGAAUGUCUCCAAGAUCAAAAGAUUAGAAGACGUUCCAAUACAAUGCCCUCAAGAUAUGACCAAGGAUCCUCAAGUUGGGCCAGUUUUUCAGAUAGCGUCAAAAGUCCCAUAAAAGAUGCAAGUUCAGCUGAAGCUACAAAAUUAAAAACUUCCUCAAGGGUGAUAGUCAAGAAAAGCACAAGUGACCAAGACAAGAAUUGUCUGGAUUCAAACACCAAAUCCACUAGAAAAGUAUUACCAAUAAUAAAACAGAAGAGUCCUGUGAAGGGAACAAAGACAUUAUCUCAAGGUGGAAAUAAAGGUUUAGAAACCAUCCGCAAGGUUUUUUUCCACUCCGUUGGCUUUGGGAUCAAAACUGCUUUGGCGAAAGUUUUCCGCAAGCCACCUCCAGGCUCACGUGGACAUAGAAGUGUGAAAUCUGUGAAGAAAGCAACAAGUCAGCUAAAUGAGAAAUCAAACAAAACCAAGACUCUGAAAGACUUUGAGAGAAAACAGGAAAAGUGCCCUAUCAGGUCGACGGUGUCUUAUGAAAGUUUGGAGCAGCUUAACUCAUUAAAAUCUAAGCAACAGAGACACUGGCAUAGUGCAGAAGUUCUAACGAGCACCGAGCCAUGGGUUGCAGUGCAAAAAGAUCCAGCUCGUUGGGUGGAGCAUGGUGGUUGGGAGGAUCCCAACAGAUCUUCAGAUUGUGAUAGUAUUUUCUCAUUGGAUUCAGUGUCAUCAGCUAAUGCUACAGCUCUGGCUGAGCAACUUCAGCAGGAGGAACGUGAUUCCAGUGAUGCUGAGAGUGUAGACAGUCACAUGUCUCAGGAUUCUCUUGUUAUGGAGAGCAGCGGGAAGCAUUUGACUGCCAGACCAGUUCUGAGGUUUAAAAAAGUUCCAAGCCACUUAACCACCCCUACAGUACAAGCUUCAUGCAGCUCUCAGGCAGUCGGCAGUAAAGAGGGGAUGAGAAUAUCCAAAGAUGUACCUACAGAGGUUUUCUGGAGCUUUAACGGCAGUUGGAAGUCGAAAACUGAGAACGGCCCAGACAUGGCUAAAGGGCCUUCUCACUUCUCUUGUCUAGCGUCUAAAUCUAGCCCCUGUAGCAGUGCAAGUAUCAGAGAGACAGGGAAUCCACUUGCUCUUACUGAUGCUUGGUCAUCUACUGAUGCAGCAGACAGUCCUAGAAUCAUCAUGGCUUCAGGACACUUGCUCAAACAGGAUCCACACACACUUAUAGAGAGCAGUAGAUGCCAAAGCUCUACUAGUCUGGAUCUGUCGAACAACAUGAAUAUCUCAGAAAGCCAGAGCUCACCUCGUUCUGACUACACUCAGGAUGAAAAUACAACACACGAAGAACAAAACAGCACAUCCUUUGAAAAUACCCUGUUGCUAGAGAAUGAUCUCAGUUUUAUCCCAGGACAAGAUAUGGAUUUUAAGGAACGGAAUACCAGUGCCAAACCAUGUACAACUCAGACAGUCUGUGAUUCUACAGAUACCAGUUCAGAUGCGGUAGCACAUCCAAAUAAACCAACCACUGACAACAAACCACUGAAUCCCAGUGUGACUAAAGCAUUGCUGAUCAACUCGUGUUCCAAAGAUGGUGAGAUCUCAGCGAGUACCACUUGCUUCCCAGUUAACUCUAGUAGGGAAGGUUCACAUGUUAGAGAGGACCCAACAUUAUAUCCAAUACACCCUGCAGAUUGUUUUCUGAAGUCAAAGUUAAACCUGACAAUGGGUUAUCAGGUUUCAACAUGCGAUAAAUCCGGAGAUCCAGAGGUUAAGAACUCUAAAGCAGUGCAGAUUAUAAAUGAAUCGCACAGCAAUGCUAGCACCGACAAUAGCACAAUCACUGGACACUGUGAUGAAGAAAAUAAGUAUUUCUAUACACGACAGUGCACAGAAAUGGCUUUUACAACAGAUACCAAAGAUUAUGUAUUGACAAUAAAACAAUCAGAGAAGCAUGAUGUAGUAGUUAAUAGUUUUGGCAAAGAUAGUGAACACUUUGGGAAUGGGGAACUCACUGGAACACAUAAAACCAAAGACUCUCACGCAAGCUUUGUGGGAAAUACGAAUCUUCCAAAGAAAAGCAAUGAAGAUGUUUCAGACACUGAGACAGCACUUUUAACAGCUGAUUCGAUGGAAAAUUCUGAUCAAGAGCUAGAAGACAAAAAUAUAAAAAAUGUACCAUUAGCCAGGAAUGAUCACAAGACUUUAAUCAGCAAAGAUCACAUUAAUACUUUUAGAAAUGACAGCAGUGUAUGCAAUAGUGGGCCGACACAAACAAAUUAUACUAGCCUGAAAUCCUUGAGGAGUUCAGAGAUCGAAAACAUUAUUGACAACAGUAAAGAGGAUAGAAAAGAUGCAUGCCAGAUUAUGGAGAGAGAGGCCAUUAACCGAUAUUUUCAAAUCAGCGACUCAGCAAUUAAUGACAAAAUAUCAGAGGUGGUGAAAGAACAUUUUAUGACAUCUCUAAGAGAAGACUAUAGUGAAGAGCAAGAGUCAAACACGAAAGAAAAGACUUCUUUAGAAAAACUGGAGGAUUUUAAGUUAAAAACAAACAAACAUGAAUUUGAUAACAAAAGUAUUCGGGCUGGAUAUGGCAAAAAUAAUAGUUCCCAGGCUUUCUCAUGUAUGUCAAAAUCUGAGAUUAACAUAGACAACUCUACUGUAAGCUUGGAGAACAGUGAUUCACAAACAGAAUUAAGACAUUCUUUGACUAUGAAGGAUCAGGCAGUCUCAAACUCCAGUGCCACAGAAGAUCAUGCUGUAAAGAAGAAAGAGAGGAAAUUUAAACAAGAGAAUCCAAAAUGUGGAUAUGUCAGUGAUAACAUGGAAUCUGUACUAUACUGCACUAUAGAAGAACAGAGCGCAGAUAAAAUAAAAACAAGUGAAUCAGUGUUGUCGUGUGUCAAAGAAACUAUUAUUGAUGUGAAUACGUCAAGAGAGAACAUUAUUGUCUGUACCAAGCUAAGAAAGGAUUACGUUGAUGCUUCAAACCCGGUUCAAAGGAAAGAUUGGAUCAGUGAAAGGGGUUUGGAGGGGGGUAGAGCCACAGUAUUAAAACCACUGCUUCCCUGCAUGUAUGCACAAGAUACCUUAUCUCUUAAGCUAACAGAUGGGUUGGAGAAAGUGCAGAAAGUGAAUCAGUGCAUGCACCAGAACGCACAGGUGGUCGACAACAAACCAGAACGAAAUGAAAGUGAACUGGCCUCUAUGGAAAUGCAAAAUUUUGAUGAUAAACCACUAACGCAUGGACAUUCACGACUUUUGAAUGAUGGACUUUUGAAUCCCGUGAAGGUCUCGACUCCAGUAAAGUCCAGUAAUUGGAGCAUUCCUCAGGUAUCAUUGUCCAGCGAAGCAACAGUGAAACAUACUGUCUCAAAUGUACACUCUGAAGAUGUGGCUGAUACCUUUCAGCAAACCAUGGAGGCCCAAAAUAAAAAGAUAUGUUCAUACAACUCUUCACUAUCAAGUAUUGAUCAUGACCACUCAACAGUGUAUGGCAAUUACCCUAGUUCUAAAGCCUGGCCUUCAAGCAAUCUUGCAUUUUAUGAAUUUGGUCCAGGAAACCUUGAGAAACAUAAUGGUUGUGUAGGCCAAGAUAAAACUUGUGCUAAACAUUCCUUUGCAAAUGCUACUAUCAUUAGUGAUGAAAACAAAGAAAGACCUGUGGAGCACAUACACAACGGUUACUCUGAAGAUUUAAGAAAAGAUGCCACUCUUUCAGAUUUAAGCCAGGCACCACAAAGAAAACAAAUGCACAAGUUGUUUAAAACUUGUGAUACUGUAAAUAUCGACAAGGAUCCACAAUCAGAAAAUCAGUCAAUCUACACAAGUAAUCAAAUGGAGGUAACAUCUCAGUAUAAUGAUGGCAGCAUCAAAGGAACGCAAAGUUUUAAUAACCCGCCACUGAAAAAUCAAGUGAAAAAAACUACAAAUCACCAGUCAAGGCUAAGAAAAGAGCCUGAUAAAUCUGAGGUAUAUCACAAUGCAAAACAGACUCAAUGCAGUCAAAAUAGAAAUGAAGAUAAUAAUAACAGAUGUGAAGCUACAAAACAUGUCACAGCUGCAGAAGCUACAAAACACCUUGUUGGCAAUGGUAAUGAUGAAAGAUGGAAAGGAAACCAAAAGCGAUGCAGAAAGGCCCACUUUAUAGCACCUCCAAGUUCAUCCACUGAUUCUACACCUGAUUUAUCUUCGGAUGAGAGUACAACAACUAAAGGUCAUGUGUCUCGUACCAAACCUGCUUCUCAAGCAAACCUGCUUCCUACCAUUCAAAAUGCUCUUGGCAAAUACAAAAGUCCACCACUUGACGAACAAAGCAUUUCUUCACCUUCAACAAUUAGUCCAGGAUCAUUAGUAGAACAAUCAGGACAGAGAUACACCCAGACGCCUAUCACUGGUAUGCCAUCCUCUGUGUUUGGAGUUCCUAUACAUAGCGAAGCUGAGACAAUCGCAUGUCAGCAAGAUCAUGGUUCUAAAGAAGAAAUGCAAAAGAUAGAGAUGACUGAAUCAAAUGGUAAUAAAGAUAUUAAUUUAAGGAAGAAUGCUUUUUCUGAAGAUAUUUUAGCUUGUGCGGAAGACCAUUCUCAGCCAUUCCCACAGACAACAGAUUCUGCAAUGCAUUUUUCCUCAAGUGAUCUUAACCCAUUUAUUCAUUCAAAAACUAUAAUGGGGGUUAACACAGCAGUCCUCAAAAAGCAGGCCGUUGGAAGUGCUUCCAAUAUAUCCUGCAAACACUCUUCACUCAAUAGUUCCAACAAGAAUAUGACAAUGUGCUGCAGUGUAGACAAUGGCCUAAAUAUUCAAGACUCCACUUUCAGUUCCCAUUUGAGCGCUUAUGUAAAUCAUAAAGGCCUAUCUAGCACACUGAGUAGUAAUGAAUAUUCUAGAGAUCAGAUUUCUUCUGAACCUAUGCUGAAGGCAGCUUCUUAUUCCUCUAGUGGUUCAAAAAAGCAAACUCUAACAGUUUUGAAAUGUGACUCUUACGAAGGUCCCUCAAAGGAGUUACGCCACAGUUCAGGUCAAGUUGAUGAAAUAGUGCUGGUCUACUCCUCUGAGUAUGAAUCUCAAGAACAUCCGAGACCAAGCAGGUGCGAUCAAGGCACACAAACCAUUGAGAUUCAUGAGAACCUUAAAAGAAAGAGCCAUCACCAAAGAAGCAGCACACAGACACCAGUAUCCAAAACAGGGAUUUGUGGCCUAACCACAUGGGCAAGUCUACAUAACUUGUCUGAACAUCUCUCUGACAUAAUAGUCAACACCUCUGAUCUUCUUGGGAACAUACAGGGCAUGCGAACUGGGGAAAAGCAACCAAAAUAUGACCAUCCUAAACACUGUUUUCAGGUUUCAACUGUGCAUUCUGGCAGUACAUUAAAGAGAGACUGUUUUACACAAACGUCCUUGGACAUAGGGGUCCAGACAGAAGAUGCUCCAGUGUCAAAGAAUACUAUGGCCCAUGAAGUAAAUGUUAUUGUUAAAGUGAUUGGUUCAGAUACUUGCAAUCUGUCCCAGUUAGAUGGUGAUGCCAAGGUCUUGAAGAAUAAAAGUGAAAGUGAACAGCCCUUUGAAAUAAUUAAAAGCCUGCCUGAUAUACGUCCCAAAGGUUCAAAGAUAACUGAGUGUCCAAAGUUUCUGAUUCCCUCCCAGAAGGUUCUUUCAUUAGAGACUGUUGUGCCAAAUCAAGAUUCCCCCUCUAUGAAAGCAUCUGAAGGUAACACAGUAGACUACUUUAAAGAGAAGUCAGUGUCUAGCCAUCUUGGAGCAAAACGCUCUCAAAUGAAACAAGAUGAGAAGCAGAAUUAUCACAGAAGUGUAGACCUAAGGAAUUGCUUUAAUAAACAAAUUAUGCUCAUGGAUCGUGCCUGCUCCCCUAUUCUUACCGUGAAAGCUGCAAGACAAGUAAAAACAACGCAGAGUUUAACAAAUCACAAAACCAAGGGACAAGAGAAACGGUACCCAGAUGUAUACAAUGUGCCAUUGAAAGCUCAUAAAAUGUCCAACCAUGAAAAUAAGGUACAUCACAGUAAAAAUGCAAGAACAGCAUCAUCAUCAGCAUCAUCUGUGACCUUUGAAAACCUGAGUGACCUUUGUCCAAAUUUGGGUGGAUCUGACGACUUCUCAAACAGCAUCUGUCCCUGCACCAAAUGCAUGAACAAAGAGAGAAAUGAAUACUCACAUGAAGUUGAAGAGAGGGUAAGUAAACCCACUAUUAACCAUUCCCCAUCUCAUUCACAAAAAAUGUCCCUCUCCUCUCCAAGCAGCACCAUCGGUGUCCAACUUGCAUCAUUCUCAGAUAACAUCAGACAAUCUAAAAUGGAAAACCUAGAAACCCCUCAUGUGUUGAGUCGCAGAUCGUCGGAGUAUAUAAUAAAAAGUUGGGAUCAUUCAAAUCAAAGUAUUGUGCAGCAGCAGGAAGAUGACGUGUUGUCUCUGGUGCCAAGCGAGUGCAACACAGAUGUUCUGGUCAGCAUCAAUCCUCUGGCAGAGACCAGCAUGCUCAAAGGACACCAGUGGAUCCCUGAUGAUCUGCCCAUGCACAACAAAUUCACCAACUGGUCUGGCAUCAAUCAUCAGACACCAUCAGCACUUAAAAUACACAGACCAACUGGACAGCACUUCACAAAGCUCAGCCCCAGUUACUGGCAAGAGCAAUCAUGGAAAAUGGACAGGAGAGCACAUGAAAUUGAGAAGCUAAGGAAAGAACGCCAACGGGUUUUAGCAUCUGUACAUAUGGAUCUGAGCCCUCAUCAGCUGACCAUUGAGCUCACAGAGGCCAAGCUGCACUAUGGCCAAGGGGAAACAGACACUCUGCUGAAAUUUCUCAAGUCUGGUUCUAAAGAGGCAUCUUCAGCCUGUAACAAACAGGAGCUCCUUAACAGGCAUAGGAAGAGCAUUGAAAGUUUGAGGAAGGACAGAGAAGCCCGUCUCCAGAUGUGUCGUUGGGCUGGGAGCCUCAGCCCCAGUAAGCAUCGGAUCCCUAUAAAUUGUGAGGAGCACUAUCAAAAAGUUUCAGAACUGCAGCAGCUCAGACAAGAGAUUGUUGAAACCAGCAGAGUUCCUGAUCCACCAAGAAAGGAGGGUCAGUGUCCAUCUGACAUUGAGCAUCUAUUGCGUGACUACAGUCGAGCCCGUGAGGAGGCAAGAGUAGAGAUAACACGUGCACGAGACCGACUCCGUGGGAGGGCCGAACAGGAAAAGAGACGACUACAGCAGCAAGCUCUCUCGCAGGCAUUGAAGGAUGACCUGCAGUUUCGCACACGCAUUAGUAACAGUACUUUAUGUAGUGGUUCGAACCUGAGUCUUUACUCAGGCCCCACGUCAGGGUACAACAGCAGCAAUGCUGCCUUACUGAAAGACAUUACCUCAUCAUUAAUACAGGUAAAUGGAGUCUCAGAAUUCAGUGUAAAGACUCAACCUCCAGUGAUCCCGUUGCAGACUUCGAAAUCCCAGCGUAGAUGGCUGUCAGUCCAGGAUGUCAGCCUGGAGACAUCUGCCACUGGAUAUGAGCCCGAGUCCUCCUCCACUCCAUCAUCUCCUCCCUUUGCUCGACAACGCACUCUUUCCUUUGGCUCUCCUUCGUCUAUAUCAACUUCAUAUCACGAUAUCGCAGACUGCACUCUUGCCAGUGCUAUUACAGAAGUAUAUUUGGCUUCUGGUGGUGAUGUGAGGAGUCUACUGGCUGGGAAGGCAGCUGCUGGCUGGAGGCAUCAAGGUGUGGAGAGAGGCGUUCAGGUCUUUCACAAGCCUGCUUCCAGACCCUCAGCUCAUGGGUUUCUUGGAGCAGUAGAGCUGGAGAGGCCUUUGGCCAGUCUGUGGUCCAUAGUUCGAGAUCACUCAAAGACUCACCUCUACCAAGAGUCUAUUAAAUCUGCCUGGACACGGCCAUUGGACGAAAGCACACAACUAGUCUAUCUUUUGACGGACGUAACCAACUGCCAGCUUAAACAGCCGCGGGACUUCUGCUGCCUCAGUACAGAAUCCAAACAGGAUGAUAUGUGGGUGCUGGCCAUGCAGUCUGUGUUUGAGGAGACACUGCCACGUCCCAGUGUGGAUACUAUUCGUGGUGAGAUUCUACCCAGCGCGUGGAUCCUUCUACCCAGCCAACGUAACAGUCGAGAGGUUGUCACUGUUAUCUAUUUGUUACAAGUGGAUUUGGGAAGCCCGUCCUUGGCUCCUAGACUCCUGAAUACAGUGGCUAGGAAACAAGCAGCUGUCAUAGCAGACCUCGAUUCUUUCUUCUCUUUAUUACAAAUCAGGUUACACGUGUAGCAACAAGCACUUACACCAAAACCCUGAAGGUUUUUGCUCAGAUUUGCACAUCAUGUUCUUGCUUUUUACUUGAUUAUUUUUCACUUUGCACUGAUUGUAUGAUUAUAUAUAUGUUGUGUAACACAUUAUCAUGCCUUAUUUGAUCUUAAUAUUUGUUAUUGAAUAAUUUUGCCCCCAUGUGCCAAAGCAUUGAUUAUAAUACUUUGAGGAAUCAAAGUAAAAACUAUUUCUUUGUGUAUGUAUGACUUGAUUAUAUUUGACAUUGAGUAUAUGCAUAGCUCUGUUAUUUGUAAGAGUGCAUUUUCACUACAAAACAAUCGACUCUAUUCAGUAUUGCAAAUGCAUAGCAUUGUCUUAAGCUACUUUCAGAAAUAACUAGUACUGUAUGUAAAACUUGACAUCAGUAUUUCAGACUAUAUUGGCUGAAAUGGGAUAGACUGACCAUCGUAAAACUGUUACUGACUGCAGUGCUAUUGUUGAUGUUAAUACUUUAAGUGUUGAAUAUGAUAUGAUAAAUAUGAUAUUUAUUUUUGGAAAAUAUGCAUGCAAAAUGUUCUUUUAAUUUUCCCUGUGUAAUGAAAUGCAAACAAAAGUUAUUCAUUUUAACACAAACUGUUACACUUUCUACAGUGGCUUUAGCUGUAUAGAUUAUACACAUAUCUGAAUUUGCUAUUACAUUUUGACAUAGAGAGCCUUUGCUCAAGCAAUAUAGACCAGGGGUUCUAUCUGUAACCUUCAGUAGCUGAUCUGUAAAACUUGGUUGCCGAAAUGAAAGGUCUACUGUAUAAAUGAAGGAUAUUUCUUUUUUUUUAUUAUAUCACAUUGUUUUAAUAUACUGUAAAUGUCUUCUACAAUAUGUAAUCUAUUAUCUAAAUGUAAAAUAAUUUGUUUUAAAAUGUUGUCUUCAUUUUUACUAUUUUAUAUGUUUCUGUGGAAGACUUGUAAUUUAUGAAACUGAAAAUAUUUUUAUUAAAUACAU